UGGCAAGGUAUUCAUGAGGGGGGGGAGUCGAACCGGCAUGUAGCCCAGGCAUGUCUGUUGGUCUCAAGCUUAUAUUACCUAUCAUUACAUUAAUAAUCCAAAACAGUAGCCGCAGUAUCCCAUCUAUUCGUUCUGUCAUGUUUGCACAUGGCUUUUGUAGACUUGACAAAGUAACCCUAGGCUGCUUGUGUUGUUCUGAUGGAGGUGGGAGAUUGACGAUGGUGGGAAGAGACGGAUGUUCAACAGAGCGAGCGGGAAUUUUUCAAGCCUCUACCCGGGUUCAAGCACAGCUUGACAGUUGAGUUUGGCGACUGCUAGAUCAUUCCGUCAUUGGAUCUCGUGGAGUCAGUCCUCCUUGUGGAGGCUCGAGAUGAGAGUGUGA